GUUCCCUCCUCCGGGGCCCCGCCCACCCGCGAGGGCCGGGGCGGCGUCGGCGGCGUCGGGGGCUCCGCGAUGGCCUCCGGGGGGUCUCUGCGGGCCGGGCCGGCGGGCCCCCCUCUUGCCCGGCAGCAGCAGCAGCAGCAGCAGCGGCGUCGCGGCCGUCGCCCCGCGGCGUCCCGGCCGUCUUCGUCGUCGUCGUCGUGGUCGGGGGGCAGCGAGGAGGAGGCCCCGGGGGCGUCGGAGGGGCCGGGGGGGCCGUCGGGGGCCUCGGGCGGAGGAGCCCAGAUCAUCCACUCGGGCCACUUCAUGGUCUCCUCGCCGCACAGCGAGCACCCGCCCAAGAAGGGCUACGACUUCGACACCGUCAACGAGCAGACCUGCCAGACGUACCGCUUCGGCGGCUGGGCCCGCGGGGAGGCCGCGGCGGAGGAGGCGGAGGAGGCGGCGGCGGCGGGAAGAGGAGGAGGAGGAGGAGGAGGAGGAGGAAGGGGCGCCGGGGGGCCCCGCGACGGCCGCCUCAGCAUCGACGCCUCCCUCACCAAGCUCUUCGAGUGCAUGAGCCUGGCCUACAGCGGGACUUUGGUUUCUCCCAAGUGGAAGAACUUCAAAGGGCUGAAGUUACUGUGUCGAGACAAAAUCCGACUCAACAAUGCCAUCUGGAGGGCUUGGUACAUCCAGUAUCUAGAGAAGAGGAAGAACCCAGUGUGCAAUUUUGUGACCCCGCUGGACGGUUCUGUGGAUGUUCCUGAGGUACACCAGGGUAGCAGAACAAAUGAGAAAUAUUGGAGGCAGCGGAUUGACAUAGUCAUACGAGAAUAUCACAAGUGGCGAACCUACUUCAAGAAAAGAUUACAAAAGCACAAAGAUGAAGACCUGUCCAGUUUGGUCCAGGACGAUGGCUUCUUCAAGAAAGACAGCCCCAUGGAACUGGAAGAGUUUUUCACCACCGACGAUUACAUGUCAGGAUCUUCGGACACCCUCUUCUCCACCCUGUCCAGUCACCAGCUGGUCGCCUGGCCAAAUUCGAAAGAGAGAGCACACCUGGGCAAUGCCGACAUGAUCCAGCCUGGACUCUACCCUCUGCAGCCCAACUGGAUGGAGACUCUGGAUUUUUUCCCAGAUAUUUUCGCCUCUCCUGCCACCACUACCUCCAGCCUGACAUCGAGCGCCUCUUUGUCAGGAGCCAUCGAACAUUGUGCCCAGACCCCGAGCCUCUCCUCGACCUCUUUACGGAGCCCGCUUCCGACCGUGAACCUAGGAGAAGAGCUGGUGGCCCCUCCGGUGCCUGACUCCAUCCUCUCCCCCGACCAGUGCCUGGGCCUGAAGAACGGGGGCCCCUGCCUGCAGACCCCUGGCUUCCCCUCCGAGCUGCCCCAGACCCACUUCCUGCCUCGCUUCCCGACUCUGGGCCUGCCUCUCCAGGCGGAGGUCCCAUCCCAACCGCCUCAGCAGACCCUGCUCUCCUUGAACCCGGAGCUGGCCUUGCAGGUGCCCAUCUUCACUCCGGCCGAGGCGCCGAAGUUCGGCCCCGGCAAGCCUUCCGUCAUCACCCACACCGCCUCGGCCACCCCAACGCAGAACGUGCCGGCCACCGCCUUCAGCCACAGCCCGGCGGGACUCCUGGCCCCCCAGCAACCCGGGGCGGGGGUGCCUUGUACGGUGACGACACUCCAGGCGACGGUGGUACAUCCACAAGCUAUCCUGCACCCGUCGGCACCUUUUGUCCUCCCCAUGGCGGGCCCUGGGCUGCGGGCCAGGAAACCCCAGCAGAUUGCGCCCGCCCCUGCGGAGCCUGUGCCUUUGAUUCUGAACAGUGCCUUCCUCUCCUCAGUCCGAGAUUGCCAGCCGUCGAGACAGGCCUCCCCGCACCCGUCCGAGCAGGGCCUCAGCCCUCAAUCCCCGCAGAGCAACAGGUCCAGGAAAGGCACAUCUGAGCAGCCGCAGGUGUCCCUGUUCAAGAGUCGCAGGAUGAAGCACAUCUCGGCCGAGCAGAAGCGGAGGUGUAAUAUCAAGAUUGGCUUUGGUACCCUCAACAGCCUGGUCUCCCCAAACUCUAAAUCGAUCAGCCACGCUCUGACCCUCCAGAAGACGGUCGAGUACAUUGCCAAACUGCAGCAGGAGCGUUCGCAGAUGCAGGAGGAAGCCAGGCGCCUUCGAGAAGAGACGGUGGAGCUGAAUGCGGCCAUCAUGUAAGGACUCGGAACAGCUACACACAGGCC